AUGGUGUGGUGUGUAAAGAUCCAAAUCUUGUGAAACCUGAUGAUUUCCUUUUUCGUGGGCUCAAUCUUAUGGGAGAUACAUCGAUGGGGGUUGGAUCGAACGUGACUGCCGUGACUGUAGCAGAGUUACCAGGACUCAACACUUUUGGUAUUUCAAUGGCUCGUAUCGACUUUGCACCAGAUGGUAUUAACCCUCCUCAUACGCACCCUCGGGCCACUGAAAUCUUGGUUGUCAUGAGUGGUAGUCUUGAGGUUGGUUUUGUAACAUCUAACCAGCUUGACAACCGUCUCUUGACGAAAGUACUUGAAAUAGGUGAUGUUUUUGUGUUCCCACAAGGUCUAAUUCACUUCCAAAGGAACGUCGGACAUGGCUAUGCUGUUGCCAUUGCAGGUUUGAGCAGCCAAAACCCCGGUGUCAUUACCAUCGCAAAUGCUGUGUUUGGAUCAAACCCAGAUAUCAAYGCAGAUAUUCUUGCAAAGGCAUUCCAAGUGGACAAGAACGUCGUUUAUCAAAUUCAAUCGAAAUUCUAGACUUUGAUGUCAUCUUUGAUUGUUGAUUUCAUUAACCUACAAUUUCCARCUUCUUGAUAUGUAUUUGUUUCAUCUUCGUCUUGUUAUAUCAAAAAGUGAAUAAAAGUAAUAUAUUAUUUUGAUGGUCCUUCA